UCUGCCCACAUUGGUGGAGCAUUGAUCUGUCUUUGAAACCUGGGCUUCUGGUGUACAGGUGGGGAUCUUAGGGUCUCUAUUCACCAGAGAAUUUGUCUGUUCUGUGUCCUUCUGUGGCAGUCUUCUUUGCCUGCCAACAUGUCCAGCUGUGGGGUGUUCCCAGCUUUUUACAGUCCACGGGUCCAGUAAUGGUGGAAGAACUCUUUUUGCUUGUGGCUUCACUGUGGCAGAACACACACAAGAGACACUACUUUGCAUUGCCGACUAAUCCUGGUGAGCAGUUCUACAUGUUUUGCACUCUUGCUGCUUGGCUGAUUACGAAAGCUGGGCAUCACUUCGAACAGCCUCAAGAAUAUGAUGACCCCAAUGCAACAAUAUCAAACAUACUCACAGAAUUGCGAUCAUUUGGAAGGUCUGUGGAUUUUCCUCCAUCAAAGUUAAAGGCAGGCUAUGGAGAGCAAGCAUGUUAUGCUCUUGAUUGUUUAGCUGAAGAAGCCUUGAAACAUAUUGGCUUUAGCUGGAAAAGACCAGCAUACCCAACAGAGGAGCUAGAAGAAGAAGCAAUAACAGAAGAUGAUGCAGAAUUGACCCUUAAUAAACUGGAGGAGGAAAUUGCAGAAGAAGAGACAGACAAUGAAGAGAACUUUAUUGAUCUGAAUGUUCUAAAAGCACAAACAUAUAGAUCGGAUAUGAAUGAAUCCACAAAACAAGAAGAGAUUUUAGAGUCCACAACAGAUGCAGCGGAGUGGAACCUGGAAGUGGAACGUGUUCUUCCACAACUGAAAGUUACAAUUAGAACUGACAAUAAGGAUUGGAGGAUCCACGUAGAUCAAAUGCAUCAGCACAAAGAUGGAAUUGAAUCUGCUUUAAAAGAGACGAGGGGUUACUUUGACAAACUUCAUAAUGAAAUCAGUAGGACCCUCGAAAAGGUCAACAGUCGGGAAAAGUAUAUCAACAACCAGUUAGAGCAUUUGGUUCAAGAAUAUCGUACUGCACAAGCUCAGCUGAGUGAGGCCAAAGAGAAAUACCAGCAGGGAAGUGGAGGAGUAACAGAAAGAACUAGAACACUUUCUGAGAUCACUGAAGUAUUAGAGAAAAUAAAGCAGGAAAUGGAAGAAAAGGGAAGCAGUAUGACUGAUGGAGCUCCUUUAGUGAAAAUUAAGCAGGCCUUAACCAAACUGAAGCAGGAAACUGUUCAGAUGGACAUACGGAUUGGCGUAGUGGAACACACAUUACUCCAGUCAAAGCUGAAAGAGAAAUCCAAUAUGACUAGAGAUAUGCAUGCAACUAUGAUUCCUGAAACUACAAUAGGUGCCUAUUAAAGUUGUUUGGAAUUUACUUGUAUUUCAGACACACCAAAUGUUUUUAUAACUUGUUUUUUACAUUAUGCUUGUUGUGCAAUUUAGAGUGUUGCAGAUGUGUACAUAGCACUUUAGGCUCUAUAAAUGGAGCCAUGCUGAAUUUUGUGACAUGAAUGCUUUCAAACUUACUGCAGGUUUUUAUAAAUACAUUAAUAAAUUCU